GUGUGACCACAUAACAGCUUUGUCUAUUGUGAUGGUGACACCACAUAAAAACAGUCUAUUGAAUCCAACGCUCGUGACAAUGUAGGAAAAUGGUGCGAAACAAUGAUAAAGUUUUGCUGGUCAUCGUCAUCAUAACAAUAGCAUCAGUUAUCUCACAAGCAGUAAAUGAGCCAGAAGCCUGCACAGAUUGUUACAAAGUUGAACAGAUAUGCCACACAAUUAAUUACCUCUUUGACUUGGAAGCACCAUUCAGAGAAAGCAUUGUAAUCACAAAACUGGAUGUCCUACGAUCAACGAACACGUUGUUCUUCACAUUUGAACCUAAUGUCACCGAUCGGGAAUACAAAAAAGUUGGAUUUAUCAAUAUAGAUGACCCUAGAAAUACUAGUAUCAUUUCUGGAGGACAUCAAACACUUAAUUUUGGUACAUUUGCUCUAGAUCAAGAUAACAGCCUGGUUUAUUUAGGUGGAAGUGAUGGCAUUUAUGUUUUAGAUACAAAAUCAAAUAGAGUAGCACCUUAUAGUUCAAGAGGCGACACAGUACUUAGUCUAUUCUAUAAGGGACAUGUAUAUUUUGUUAGGUUUGGUGAACAAAAGAUUAUUAAGAAGAAAGGCGAUAAUUUCGAUGUUAUUAUUGAGCAUAUUCCAGUAAAGAAUUUCGUUAUCAAUAAAGAUUAUGAAAUUGUGUUUAUUAGUACGUAUGGUCUGUAUGUAGCUAGACGCGAUGAAACUUAUUGGAUUUCGAAGAAUGCAUAUUUUCGUGGACUUGUCAUAGAUUUAGAUGACAAUGUUUAUGCGUGGUGGAUAGAUGGUAUAUACAAAGUGACCAUCGAAAAGCAACUAGCAAAAUCUCGAGUAGAAAUAGUGGCUAAAAUUGAAGGCUUAAAUGCGCUUACCUUUGAUAAUGAUAAUAAUUUCCUCUUUGCUUCUGGUAAGAGUGUAUAUAGAUUAAUAAAUGCUAAUACCACGAAUUGUUAACAGUUAUAUUGUUUUACAAUACUAAUGUAAUAAUCGUUGUAUUGUUAUUACCAAAACGUAACUAUUACUAAUAAAUAAUUCCGCCUG